GCGUGCGUGUGCGCGCGCGUAUGUAUUUGAUCAUUCCUGAUCUGUUUAUUCCAGAGGAGCAACUGGGCGGUCAGGGGAUUUAAUAUUAUCUCUCGUGCCUGUUCUGUGGAUGGGGAAAGCACAAAUGGAGCAUGGUGUACUCGAUGACAUGAGACAUGAUAUACCACAAUGUAUCGUCGUGGCUUUGCAGUGCUUUCAGGAACUUGUUUUGCACUUUUGGAGUAAAGAAAGUUCUCAGUGUUCACGUGCGACGAGCGCGCGAGCAAGUCAAUCCCGAGCUGAAGGAAGUGGAAGGGGCUGCGCGCGCGCGCACACGCACACACGCACACACACUAACCAUGUUCAUCUACAGCAUGGAUUUCAGGAAUACUAAAUAUGGAAGGUAAAGUGCAUUCAAGACUGCUUACUUUUCAGCCUCAGCUUUUACUAUUCAUGAACAGUCGAGUCCCACCCAGCAAAAGAUAUCAACCGACCGAGUAUGAACAUGCAGCGAACUGUGCUACACAUGGACUUUGGAUUAUUCCCAGUAUCGUGGGCAGUUCGCUGUUGUACUUCCUGUCUGAUGACAAAUGGGAAAGCAUCACAGCAUGGCUGUACGGCACCGGACUGUCUGGCUUGUUCAUCAUGUCCACCAUGUUCCACACUGUAAGCUGGAAGAAGAGCCACUUGCAGAUUGUAGAGCAGCGCUUCCACAUGUGUGAUAGGAUGGUGAUUUAUUUCUUCAUCGCUGCCUCUUACGCCCCCUGGUUGAACCUGAGGGAGCUCGGCCCCUGGGCGGCACACAUGCGCUGGCUGGUGUGGAUCAUGGCCUGUGUGGGCUCUGCUUACGUCUUCUUCUUCCAUGAAAAGAAUAAGAUCCUGGACCUGAUUUGCUACACAGUCAUGGGAGCUGUUCCUGCAAUCGUGCUUCUGUCAAUGCCCAACAGGGAGGGCGUGUUGGAGUUGUCAAUGGGCGGAGUCUUUUACUGCUUGGGCGUGAUUUUCUUCAAGAGUGACGGCCUUGUCCCUUUCGCUCAUGCCAUCUGGCACAUCUUCGUGGCUAUAGGAGCAGCUAUCCACUAUUACGCUAUCUGGAGGUAUCUGUAUGCGACAGGAAGUCACGUGAGAAGCUCCAGGUGACUCACAGAGCUGCUGAGGAACAUCAUGCACUACCUGGGCCAUGAAGCACCGUGUGUUUAAAUGUAUUCAGGAUUUACUCAGUAAUUUUUACUUGCUCAUGUGUUGCCUUUGUCGACGUCCUCAACUGAAGGAAAUAUAUUUUUCUAUAGAGAACAUCGAACUUAAAACGGAGAACGUUUAGAUUUCAUUCAUUUUCCGAGAUGCGUACAGGAAGAUGUAUAUUUAGGGUUUGAGAAUUUGUUAGCAAGUUAGCUAGUCUACUUGCGUAUUUAGAACUUAAUUUAUUGAAAGCACAAUGUGAUUACUGUUGUGCUACUCUGCUCGAUCAGCAUUUGUUACAGUAUUUGUACACAUUCUGAAUUCUAAGAAUGAUUAUAGAUAAUAAAUAAAUACAUAAAUAAAUAAAUAAAAAAAAACACCCACCCGGUACCAUAAAGUAGCAUGCAGGGAAACAUACACUUCUUGAUUUUGAUCGUUACCUAGCAUUCACAUAGAGGCUGAUAUAUUUAAUUAUAUUUUUAUUUUUAAUUGCAACAUUUUUGGAGAAACGGUUCCAAAUGUUCAAACUAUGAUCUGAUUUGAUUUGAUGAACUGGACC